AUGUCCGCAGCACAAUCGGUCUUCGACGCUAGUCAACUUCUUCAUGAUGGUGAUUGCGACAUCAUGGACGAGUACAACACUGUUGUGGAGGGUGCCUUGGACAUGAGGAGGAAGUUCGCCUCCAUAGUGAGCCAGGCACGACGACUGAAGACGGAAUUGCUGGCCAAACAAGCUGAGGUCGACCAUUUAACCACUCGACAUGAACAAGAUCUGUCGGAUCUCCAACAUUCCGCCGAGGUCACACGACACCAACUGCGAACGCAAGGCCACACAUUGCGGCGGUGCAAGGAAGCAAACAAAGUGCUGCGCAGCCGCAACCAAGAGCUGGUCGGCGAACUGGAAACUGCGCGUAAAUACUUGGAUCAAGUCGACAACCUCCGCUGCAACAUCUGCACCGUCAGCAUCAAAAACGUAGUGACCAAAUGUGGCCACGGCUUUUGUAGACCAUGCCUCACCGAAUGGCUGCGGACACCAAUGAAUACCUGUCCGAUCUGCAGACAGAUUGUGAAACGACCUGAUAUCCGGAGUAUCUACCUCGAUGAUGACAAGAGGGCCGCUGCUGUAAUUGAAGAUGACGCCGCAACGGAAAUUCUAUCCCGUGUACAUAGAGUUGAGUAUUCGGGAUUUUCGGUUGAUGUUGGCGGUACAACCUGGAAAAUUCUACAACUGGAGAAGCAGAAGCGGAAGGGACUGGUGACGUUAUAG